UAGUGUCGAGCGUCUUGUCAAAUUUCUGUUUUGAUUGCGUUCCUUCUGUGAGCUCCGCAAAAAUCAUCAUUCCUGGCAAUUUUGUUGCAUUUUUGAGUGAUUUUGCAGUGAUAAGUGGUGGUGGGUGUAACCGGAGGACAAAUGGUGAAGAUGCCAUCGAUAAAGAACGAGGGGGAGAGUGAUGGGGAUGGAGAUAUGUCCGGAGCGGAAUCUGAACAUUCAGGAUCAAGCCGUGUCCCAGAUAGGGAUUCCAGUGCUGAGGAAGCUGAUGAACCAGACUCCGAUGACUCCUCCGAGAUGGACGAGAGCGAGUGUGAGCGCAGGAGAUCCGAUUGCAUGGAUAAUUUGACUCAUCUUGAACGACAAUUCUCCAUUCUUCGGGAUCAGCUCUAUAGGGAGAAGCUACAGCAAGUUGAUAUUCAACUAUCUGAGCUACGUGGUGGACGUUCUCAGGAAUACUUACUGCCACUUCAGAGACUCAACGAGAAUAUGAGAAUUCGGACGGAAGUUGCUGGAAUUCUGAAGCAGUAUCGCUUGGAGAAUAUUAAAAAUAAAUUUGCAUCAGAGGAACAAGCUGCUAGGCAGCAUUAUGAGAGCGAAAAACAUCUAGCAAUGGAUGCAAUUUAUGAGGAACUGAUGGAGAAGAUUCGACGACUUGAGGAGGAUAGACACAAUGUGGAUAUAUCUUGGGCAGACUGGGGAACAAAUCAACGUACCAGCAAAGUCCGAGGUCCAGGCAGGAAGAAGGCAAUAACCGUAUCUGGUCCCUAUAUUGUGUACAUGCUGACCGAUGAAGAUAUCAUGGAAGAUUGGACGGCAAUACGGAAAGCCCUCAAACGAUCAUCAGCGGCAGCUACUUGAUAUUUCUAGCAGGAGUCUUCUUGAUCCUUUGGGACAAAAUCUACUAAUCGCUGUAAAAAGAGACCUUCUUUCUAAGCCAAUAAUGAAAUAAAGUUUUUUUUUUUGAGAUCCUUGAUUGACCUUUGAUAAAGUGAAUAAAAAGAAAAAUCUUUAAGAUGAAUAAGCCUUAA